AUGUCGGCAGCCAUGGAUCAAGUUGUGAAAAAAGCUAAGGAUAGUUUUGGGCAAAUGUUUGAUAAAAGUCUACAUGAUCUUGUCCGUGGAAUUCGAAAUCAUAAAGAUAAUGAAGCGAAAUAUAUCAAUGAAGCUAUGGAUGAAAUUAAACAAGAGCUUAAACAAGAAAAUGCAGCGAUGAAAGCAAAUGCUGUAACUAAAUUACUUUAUCUUCAAAUGCUCGGUUAUGAUAUAUCAUGGAGUGCGUUUAACAUAAUUGAAGUAAUGAGCUCAAAUAAAUUCACGUUUAAACGUAUUGGUUAUCUAGCUGCGUCACAAUGCUUUCACGACGGAACCGAUGUUCUUAUGUUAACUACAAAUAUGAUUCGAAAGGAUCUAACUAGCUCGUCCAUGUAUGAAGCCGGAAUAGCUAUGAGUGGUCUUUCAUGUUUUAUAAAUGGUGAUCUUGCACGUGAUUUAGCUAAUGACAUAAUGACUCUUAUGUCAUCAACCAAACCUUACAUUCGUAGACGAGCUGUUCUCCUUCUAUAUAAAGUAUUUCUUAACAAUCCUGAAGCUCUCAAACCUGCAUUUCCGCGUCUAAAAGAAAAACUCGAAGAUCCCGAUCCUGGUGUACAAUCAGCUGCUGUGAAUGUCGUUUGUGAAUUAGCGAGACGUAACCCUAAAAAUUAUCUAUCCUUAGCUCCGAUAUUUUUUCGCCUUAUGACAACGUCGACUAACAAUUGGGUGCUUAUUAAAAUAAUCAAAUUGUUUGGUGCAUUGACACCAUUAGAACCUCGAUUAGGCAAAAAAUUAAUAGAACCAUUGACAAAUUUAAUUCAUAGUACAUCAGCCAUGUCUCUUCUAUAUGAAUGUAUCAAUACUGUGGUUGCUGUUCUUGUUUCGAUUUCAUCUGGUUUACCAAAUCAUAAUGCUUCCAUUCAAUUAUGUGUACAAAAACUGCGAAUACUUAUUGAAGAUACCGAUCAGAAUUUGAAAUAUCUUGGUUUACUGGCAAUGUCGAAAAUCUUGCAAACACAUCCAAAAACUGUUCAAGCACAUAAUGAUCUGAUACUGCAAUGUCUUGACGAUAAAGAUGAAUCGAUUCGUUUGCGUGCACUUGACCUUCUGACCGGCAUGGUAACAAGGAAAAAUCUCAUGGAUAUCGUACAUAAACUGAUGGUGCAUAUGGACAAAUCCGAAGGAUCACAUUAUCGAGAUGAAUUACUUUCAAAAAUAAUUGAAAUAUGCAGCCAAAGCGAUUAUCAACAUAUAACCAAUUUUGAAUGGUACAUUAGUAUUUUGGUUGAAUUAACACGCCUUGAAGGUACAAAACAUGGUAAUCUCAUCGCUCUUCAAAUGCUCGAUGUUGCCGUCCGUGUCGAAUCGAUUCGGCCAUUUGCUUGUAACCAAAUGGCGAUACUUCUUGAAAAUGCUCAUCUGUUUAUUCAUGGAUCAAAAACUACGACAGUCGCCGAAGCUCUAUACGCUGCUGCGUGGAUUUGUGGUGAAUUUUGUUCUCAUUUAAAAGAACCACAAAAAACUCUUGAAUCGAUGCUUAAUACGAAAAUUACACUAUUUCCGGGACAUAUUCAAUCGGUUUAUUAUCAGAAUAUGUUAAAAAUCAUAACAUACAUAAUUCAAUCGUUCGAUAACGAAGAACUGCUAACGAAACAACUUCUUACAACAUCUAUUGAAAAAAUGUCGGUAUUUUUAUCAAGUGGUGAUGUUGAAGCGCAAGAACGAGCGAGUGUUAGUUUAAACAUUCUUAAAACAGCAUUGAAAUUGAUGGAAAAAUCGGAGUUUAAUUUUAAUGAAUUUUCAGUAUUGUUUGAAGGAGUUCUGAAUCCAGUUGCUACGAAAGCUCAACGAAAAGUUGCCAUACCAAAUGGAUUGGAUUUGGAUGCUUGGAUAAAUGAUCCGCCGUCGGAAAGCGAAGAUGAAUCAUCAUCGACAAAUACACGUUAUGAUAGUAAAGGUUUAUUUGAUGGUAAUGAAGGAGACAACAACAAUUCCAAUGCAUAUUCGGGUGAUAAAUAUAGUUAUCAAAAAGCCAAUCAUUACGCUGAAUUGACUACGGAAGAAUUGGAAAAACAACGAGAAUCUAGAAAACAAAGUGAAAAAAUGAAUCCAUUCUAUUUGAAAGAUACGAAAAAACCAAAAUCGACACAACAGACUGAAACAUCUUCGGAUACGGUCAAUGGUAACGAACGGGUUAAAGCAGCAAUACGUGAAGGUAUGAAUCCUGCUAGUUUGCCCGUAUCAUUGUCCGAUCAAUUGUAUCGUCAAUCGAAAAUUGAAGAAGAAGAUCGACGAUUAAAGAAAAAAUCGAAAAUUGAAGGUGGCUCAUCGAAAAAAGGAAAGAAAUCUUCGAAGAAGUCGGACCCAGCAGCAACAGCAGCUGACGAUAAUGAUGACGAUGAUGUUUAUCCAACUGUUCAAGUAAAACGUGGUGGUGAAUUACCUGAUGGUGUAACCGAAAGUGGAAAUGAAGAUCACGAUGAUGAUGAUACAUCUAGAGGAAAGAAUAAGAAAAUUGAUCCUCAUCGAGCACUCAAUAUUGAUUUAAAUGAAAAACCUAUCCAAUCAAUUCCUACACCGCCGCCGCCUCCUCCUCCUCCUCCUCCUCCUGUAAUAUCUCAAGCCAAAGAACCAUCUCCUGAAAAAGUUAAAACGGCUCCUGAAAAGACAAAAAAAUCCAAGAAAAAGAAAACAACUGAAAAGCAAGACGAAGCAUCGACGUCGACAUCGAAACAAAAACAUCACGAUUAUAAACAAGUAGAAUCGCCAGUUCAUCAAGAAGAAGAAAACCGUCCAACACCGCCUCCUCCUGCCCCUGUUACCCAAGAAAAACCGAAGAAAAAGAAAGUUAAAGAAAAAAAAGUUGUAUCAGAAAUAGCAACAAAAACAGAUACUCCUGCGCCACUUCUAUUAGACAUCAUGAGUGAUGAUAUUCAUUCAACGAAUCAAUCGGAAAAACAACAAAACGAGCAAGACGGUUACAGAAUAGCUGCUCAAUCUGAUGAUUUGACAAUAGAAUGUUCAAUUAAUCCGAGCCUAUCCAUAGCUCAAAUUGAUGUAACAUUUCUUCUAAAAAAUCGAACACCGUUUAUCAUCGAUAAUGUUAGUAUUCAUGUGAUCGAUAGUAUGAGUUCAAAACUAUCAAAUACAACAAGUGCAAAUAUAAUAUCAUUUCCAUCCACAAGUCUUUUUCCUUAUUCGCAAAAUUAUGUUCACAUUUACUUUUCUAUUCAUGCAAUAUCAUUUUCUCAAAAAUUAAAAACAACAUUAACCUAUUCCAUAAAUAAAUCAAACGCACUCGAAACGGAUAAUAUAGAAUUUAAGCUCAAUUUACCUUGUUCGCAGUAUUUACGUCGGAAAGCGAUCGAUUCAACGGCGUUCGCUAAUCUGAUGACUUCUGGUACAUUAACAUGCCAAUCGAAUGUGCGCAUACCAUCAUCAAAUGGGGACUUCACAUCGAUUAUUAAUACACUUUGUCAAUCGUAUCGAUUAACUGCUGUCGAUAAAAUUAAUUCAGCUGCGUCGUUAUAUGCAGAAUCGGUUCUCGGACAUCCAAUAGCUCUUUUAAUUAAAUCAAUAAAUUCUCGAAAUGAUCUUUCAAUUGAUGGCAAAUCAACAGAAACACAUUUUCUUUCGAAUCUCAUGGAAGAAAUAAAAACAUCUCUACUGAAAUAA